AUGGCUUCUACUCCUCGUUUCUCCCCUGAAGAUGUCACCGUCGUCUUCUUCCUCGGCGGCCCGGGCAGCGGGAAGGGUACCCAGUCCGCAAACCUGGUAAAGGACUACGGUUUCGUCCACCUUUCCGCCGGUGACCUCCUCCGCGCCGAACAAGUCCGCGAGGGAAGCCAGUACGGCGAUAUGAUCAAGACCUACAUCCGUGAAGGAAAGAUCGUUCCUAUGGAGGUUACUGUUGCGUUGCUUUCCAACGCUAUGGCCGAUUCCCUUGCUACUUCACCGCCACCUGCCGGUACCAAGGCGCGAUUCUUGAUUGAUGGAUUCCCCCGCAAAUUGGACCAGGCUGUUUUCUUCGAGGCAACUGUUUGUCCCUCUGAGCUGGUUCUUUUCCUUGAUUGUCCUGAGGCUGUUAUGGAGACCAGACUGUUGAAGCGGGGUGAGACCAGUGGGCGGGAUGAUGAUAAUGCGGAGUCGAUUCGCAAGCGGUUCCGUACUUUCGUCGAGACUUCUAUGCCUGUUGUUGAUGAUUUCGAGAAGAAGGGCAAGGUCGUGCGGGUUUCUGCUACGGGUUCUGUUGAGGAGGUUUAUGAGCAUGUGAAGGCUGGUAUUGAGGAGAGGGGCUUGCAGGCCCGUUAA